UUACCUGACAGUUAUUACUCGUCCUGCUCGUCCUACCAGCGAACUAUCGACUGAGAUGGGGAUCAGCAAACUGUCAGUGCUCCUGUCAAUUAUCGGUGUCAUGAUGAUCUGGCCGUAUGUACUCACCGAGAGUGCAUCACCCAGAGUGCCGUCUGCAGAUGGUGCUUCUUUGCCUGCAGGCCAGGGAGAAAAGCAACAGCAUGUGGUUAAGCGGUCGAUGCAGAACUGUGAAAGCGCAUAUGACAACUACUGUUUGAACAACGGCCAGUGCAUACUGCUCGUGGACAUCAAUGAACACCACUGCAAGUGUGAGACAGGCUUCAUUGGUUCCAGGUGUGAGAAACUGGAACUUGUUUUGGGGCCAGAAGGUGAAAAGCAAAUAAUUAUCAUCAUUUUCUUCAUGAUUCUGCUGAUUAUUGGAUUGGCUGGAGCUCUGUACCUUUUCUGCAGAUGGUAUGAGAAGAAUAAUUUUCGACGUCAGCUGAAGCUGCAGGGUUACAAAGGAGACGAGAUGGCUUAGAGCAUUUCACGCUCUCUUGCAACAUCCACUGCUGGAAAAGACAAAUCAAGAUUUCUCCCAGUUUUCUAAAUGAAAAUUUCAACAUAUCAAGAACAUCCUGGCAGUUCAGUGGCUAGCUUAGUAAAUUAUUCCUGCCUCCUUUACACUGUACGUCACGUGGCUUUAUCAAGCAGGCAGAUCACCACAAAGAGGUUAUAAUGGUCAGCUUUGUGUGCGGUGGGAUUGUUUUCCAGCUGCACUGGUUCUAAAGUUGCGGCACCUGUUACACUCAGUUUGAAAAGAUGAAUAGUUAGGCACACAAAAACAGUUUCUGUGGGUGACUCCGCCCACACGAUACUGAAAAAUUAAUGGAAAAUAAACAGUUGUGAAGCGGUAACUAUAGUAACUUGUAAUGCAACAAAAAAAAAAAAUGUUGCUCCGAAUUUGCUGAUAACUAGCAGAAUUGAUCAUAAUCAAUAUAAUAAUGUAGUUUCCUCACUUUGGGAUUUCUGUUUUUUGCUAGAAUGCAAGUCUAAUUUUAGAAUAUGAAAGGCUUUUCUGUGGUUCAGUGAGGCUGCGUUAUCUUUUGAAUCAACCCACUCUCAGAUCCUAAAAUAGAACUGGUUAAAGAUGUUUUGUUUGUCUUCCAGUCCUGUCUACUCUGACUUAACAUCCUAAAAAACAGAUUAGGACUGUUUACACUGUGGUUUGAACUUUGCCUUUAAUUUAUGCUUGUGCCUAGCUUUUAGCUUUUAUUAGAUAUCAUUUUUUUGUCUUGCACAAAAUCAAAAUGGCCACUAUUACUAUUAUGAUGAUGUCACUUUAAAUUGGCCAAUGAGUGUAAAGUUUUGAGCUUUAACGCUUGAAACUUUGUGUAGUGUGGAGGUUUCCUCAUUCUUAUAAGUUCAGUUGGCAAUGUUUAUAUACUCUACAACCUCUGUCUGUGUUUGAAGCUACAAAGUAUUUAUUUUUUUUACUUUUACUUGUUUUUUUUUUAUUCUUGUAUCUUUCAAUGUCUUCACUCAUUCUUCAGGUGAUAAGGCUGCAGCGGUGAGGCUUCAAAUUCUUCUCAAGCCUUCCUGCAGUCUUCACAUUUUUCUUACAUGUCAUCAAUAUCUCUCUUUAAUAUAUAUAUAUUGAUAUGUAUUGUUUUUUUUAAUUUAUUUAACUUUUUUUUCCCAAUUUUUUUGUCCUUUACAUUUUAUACACAUGUAAGAAUACUUCUUGCUGUACAGUUUGCAAAAUAAUCUUUCUUGGGCAGUGUUAUCUGGACUUGUACCAGGGGAAACAUUGCUGUGCUGAUGGUGAUGCUGGCUUUUGCACUGCUGCUUCCUUCUGCGGGUUUGCCACAGAAAUGCUUUGCAAAUGGAAACCAGGUGGUAAGAGCCUUGGUUCUUCUGAUAAAACUCUGAGAACGCCAUCUCCAAAAAGCUUUCCUUUGAGUUGUUCUUCAUUUGAGUCUAAUAAAAGACUGACAAAUGACUACAAGUUACGUGUACUGUGUGCAUCCAAACCAUCCCUAUUA